AUGUUUAAGAUUUUUAGAUAUGUUUUUAUUGCAUAUUAAACCUAUAAAGCAAUUUCUAAUUAGAAAACAUUUUAAAUUAACUCACUAUUUAUCUUUCUUAGCUACUCAUUAAUGGGUAUGUGUAAUUCAUAAAAAGCAAAGCCUGACAAUAAUGAUAUACCUAUCAAUUAAAAACAGAAAUCAGAAGAACCAAAGUCAAAUGCUAAACCAUUACUCGAAUAAUACCAUAAACUAAAUGCUUUAUUGGAUCUUCUUGGCAAUCUAGAUCUCUUGGAAAAAUAAACCUAAGAUCAUAUCAAUCUGCUCUAUAUGAUUCGCACCAAUAUUAAAAUACUCAUCUAGUAUAACUUGAAGAAAAUCAUGAAAGAAAAAAACAUAACCAGAAUUUCUACUAUAGAGGAUGAAGAAUGGUUAUAUACUGAUUCAUUAUUCCUCAGUAGAAUUAUACCAUAAUACUAACAACUUAAUAUAGUAUUAGAAACUUUAUUUCAAAAUGACGAUUUCUAAAACGCUUUUCCUAUUCUUAUUCAUGGUUUCUAUUAAAUAAAUGAAUCCAUCAAAAAAGUUCCUAUUUAAUAUACCUUUACUAAAACUAGGAAUUCAACCCUAUGA